CAUCAUAGUUAAAAGAGCACGGUAUGCCUCAAACAGUGUUUCAAACGACACGUAUAUCCCACUGAAUCGAUAAGGUAGACUCCAUUAAGAUCUUCCACCACAAUUUCCAUAGAAAUUUCUCCUGCAAAAAAUCACCCACAGAGUUUAUCAAUAACUGAAAACCUCUUCAAAUCUUGUAGAAUCCAACUCCUGCAAAUUAAAUUAACAUCAAAACGAUAAUGGCUUCUUCAGAAUCUCACCACACCACCACAGGGAGCGGGGAAGCAGCGAAGAAGCAUUCAACGAGCGAGCUUAUGGCAAGCGCAAAAGUGGUAGCAGAGGCAGCACAGUCAGGUUUCGGACCAGGAGCUGAUGGGAAGGCGGUAGACAAAGGGAAGGUGGCUGAUGCAGCAGGAGAUCUUCUAGAUGCAGUUGGUGAUUAUGCUAAAUUGGACCAUCAGAAAGGGAUGGGACAGUAUGUUGAUAAGGCUGCUGAUUAUCUUCAUCACUAUCAUCCCACCACCACCACCGCCGCUACCGGUGAUCAUCCAACUUCCAAACCAGAUCACCACAAAAGCGAUGAUGCUGCCAAAACUGACGGUGGAGAAUCAGGUGGACAUGGCCAUGGACUUGGUGAUUUUGCAAAGACUGCCGGAGGUUUCUUUCAUAAAUGAAAAGAAAUAUCAUUGAUUUCCACUCAACAUAUUGUAUUGAACCAAAAUCCUGCCAUGUUUGUGUAUGUUUCAACUAAUUUUGUAUGUAAUUAUUCAAUCAUGUUUCCUUUCUUGUAUUUAAUUUAGUCUCUUUUGGCUACAUGUAAUUUGUUCCUGUCUAUGAUGAAACUUUGUUCUUGUA